CAACGCCGAACAAAGAACAACCCCUAAUUUUUGUCUGUUGUUCUCUCUGCUCUUCUACCCUUUCCUCCUUCUUCAACUCCUUCAAAAGCAUUUUGCUUAAAACCCUCCGGCCAUGGCGCAUGGAGGUUAUGCCAAGAGAAGGGUAUCGGAACCGAAACAGUCAGCAGGAAGCAGUCGAAGGUCGAAAGUAUUGCGUGUAGAGAAGAAACCUAAAAAUGUCUCAAUCAAGAAUCAGAUGCGUUCCGUUGAACGCUUUCUUCGUAAAGAUUUGCCUCCUGAAGUAAAAGAGUCUCUAGUAGAGAAGUUGGAAGAUUUGAAGAAGCAGCAAGACGCUCAUGCCCGUCUUGCUGUUGAACGUAAAGUAUUCCUCAGGAACAGAAAGAUUAAGUUCUUUGAGCGGAGGAAGAUCGAGAGGACCAUUAGACGUCUUGAGAAGCUACAACGUACUUCAUCUGCUCAUGUGGGAGACGCAGAUAUAGCUGAGCAACUUACUAAACUCAAAGAAGAUCUUGAAUAUGUUAGGUUCUUCCCCAAGAAUGAGAAGUAUGUAUCUCUUUUUACUGGCGGUGAGGAUUCAGAAGUAGUUGAGAAGAGAGGUAAACUGAGGAAGCAGAUCAAAGCCAAUAAAAUUGUUGCUGCUGCUAGUGGGAAAGAGUUAGAAGAGACGGGCAGUGAAGAUGAUGGUCUUCUGGACCUUAGUGAUGAUGAUUUCUUUGAUAAAGGGAGUUCAAGCGAUGAAGCAGAUGCAGAUGAUGAAUUGACUGAUAAAAGCGCAAAGGAGGCUGCUUCAAGUGCUUCUGGUAGAGCAACUUCUGGCAUGUCUAGUGAUGAACGUAAUCAGAAACAAAACUCUGCUAGGGCUUUAAUGCCACCACCACAAGCAAGGUUUGAAUCAAAUUCUAGGAGGAAUUCAUAUGUACAGAGGAAUGAGAUGCCAUCAUCCUCGAGAAACACUUCGAACAGAAGAAGUGAGUCCUCAUAUAAUACUGAUAGGGCUGCUGCGGCAAGUUCAUAUAGCAGUCAGAGUAGCAACUUGAGCUCAAAUUCUGAUGCUCAUAAACCCAAAAGGAAGAGACGGCCGAAGAAGAAGAAGCAUCAGUGAUCGGGUUCUCAGCUUCUGAAAACACACACUAAAAACUCUUAUCAGUUUGUCGCUUGCUGCAAUGGUCUCGCUGCUGGGAUCUUAUGCAUAUAGAUAUAUCUAUAUAUAUUUUGAUGUGGUCAUGGGAUUCGUUCAGAGAGAUGUGUUUGUUGCGUUUGGCGUUUGAGAUGAUAGAUACCCUUAAAAUUUCCAUUAAAAACUCCCUUUUGAAUAUUUUUUUUUUGGCCUUUACUUACAGUUGCAGAAUUGAGUCAAUUGACCAUAGAGGUCCAUAGAGAUAGAUCUUCUCUCGAA